AUGUCCAUCCAACUCGCAGACCCAGGCUCAACUGGGUUUCUCGCCCUCUACGAGAUGUGCUUCGUCUUCCCAAUCAUCACGCCUCUUGCUUUCUUCUGCGCACUCUGCCUCGUGGACCUCGUCCACUCUCACAAGAUCACCAUCGCGAAGAAUCUUCGCAAGACUUUCCGAGCUUUGGUCGACAUUCUACAGGCUCUCAUCGUGCUGGCUUGUCUGUACCUUGCAAUCAUUCCCACGAGAUAUAGUACCACUGUAGGAUCUGGCAUGUUGGGCGUCGCCUACGGCCUCAUUCGUGCGAUCCUGGAGAUCGUUGUCCUCUCUUGCCUGGCCAUCGCUUCUGUGUACGCCGUGGAGAGCGCAGCUUCUGGUGAAACACCGAAAGCUAUUCAAGACAUGGCCUUUCUCACACCCUUUCAGACCAUUCGACCCUAUCUCCCCCAACGAAGUCUCCCAUUCGGCCUGCCCUUUCUGCCGUCACCCAUCAUCUUCACUCCUCAGCCGAUGCCCACCCUCGACCAAGUCAAAGCCGCCAUUCCUGCAGAAGGCAUCGAAGCACAAUAUCUCACCUGCCACUUCCGCAACCAAGCUCGCCGGGAUCCCCUUGCGUUCGCCGUCCUCCUCAAGCAAGCGGGCCACUAUCAAGACGUUUCAUGCCCGCGCCCGCCGCCCUUGAGGGUGGUACCGAGAGCUUCCGCAUCGCCUCUGUGUCACUGGCCCGGUCUCGCAGACACGCUCCUGAUCCGCGAUGUAGUGCAAGCAGCGAAUCUCGACCAUCUGGAACUGCCAUGCGAUUUUGUUGAAGUUGUCAGGAAAGCUCCUCCCUUGGCCCUUGCUAUUGUUGCUGCUUCGGAGGCCUCCAGCGAACCGGAGAACAAGUCUGAUGAUGAGCGGAAGCAUUUGGAGGACCAGGAGGAAGACCCCUCGGUCACGAGCGAACGGAUCUUGCGGGAUGAUGAAUUGGGACCGGUGCUACAUCCGGGAAUCGUGACUGCCAUGGCGGAUGCGAUCGAGAGUAACGAGACUUGA